GAUCAGUGAGCUGAGAGUCCUUAACAUGUAAAAUGCAGGGGAGGAGACUUCAGCUUCAGAUUGUGCUGCACGUUUUCUUUUUUUUGCAAUUCAUAUGAGACUCCGUAUACACAAUGCAGAGAGGCUGGGACAGAAUUGGCUCUACACUGUUGAGAGAAAAGAGAUAAAGGUGCGCAACAUGCAGGAAACACUGGGAGGAUACACUCAAUUUUAAGUCCCAUCACUUUAAUGCCUGCAGGAAACGCAAAGGCUAAGACAUUUGUGACAUCAAGACUGAAGACAGUGGUCAUUUUACUUUAGCAUCAGUGACUGAACAUUUAUUCCUGAAAACAAAUUGGAGGUGUCAGUAGGAGUAUUCUGGCUAUGGCAUAGUUGGUUUACCAUACCAAAGAGGAGAUUUUAUAUGGCUUUAGAAGAAACCAGAAAGAACAUCUCAAAUUUUGGACUUCCAGAGAUUGUUUUAUCAUUGGGGCUGAAUUUUUUAGGGAGAUAUAUGGUCAGCUUCCAAUCUGAAAUAAUUUGUCGUGUGGUUCAGAGUGGACAUUCUGAAUAGGCAGUUUCUGACAGCCUACAAUGUCUCUGCCCUCUGCAAAAGCCAUGCUAAGGGAUCCAGCUCAAGGAGAAGAGCUGCGACUUGUCGAUGGAAACUGUUGCCAUUUCCUAUCUGCAAACCUCAUCACAGUAGUGGAAAGAUGUAUGAACUCCAUGCAAGCCGGGACCCAGAUGAUCAAACUACGCGGUGGUUCCAAGGGUCUGGUCCGUUUUUAUUACCUGGAUGAACACAAGUCAUGUAUUCGCUGGAGACCAUCUCGAAAGAAUGAGAAAGCCAAAAUCUCUAUCGACUCCAUCCAGGAAGUGUGCGAGGGGAAGCAGUCGGAGAUCUUUCAGCGCUAUGCUGAUGGCAGUUUUGACCCCAAUUGCUGCUUCAGCAUCUACUAUGGAGACCACAUGGAGUCGCUUGAUUUGGUGUCAUCCAGCGGGGAGGAGGCCCGCACGUGGAUCACAGGGCUCAAGUACCUGAUGGCAGGGAUCAGUGAUGAAGACAGCCUGUCAAAACGCCAGAGAACCAGAGACCAGUGGUUGAAGCAAACCUUUGAUGAGGCAGAUAAGAAUGGAGAUGGCAGUUUGAGUAUUAAUGAGGUGCUCCAGCUGAUGCACAAACUGAAUGUAAACCUCCCUCGACAAAAAGUCAAGCAAAUGUUUAAGGAGGCUGACACAGAUGAUAACCAGGGCACACUGGGCUUUGAUGAGUUCUGUGCCUUCUACAAGAUGAUGUCAACACGGCGUGACCUGUACCUACUCAUGCUUACCUACAGCAACCACAAGGACUACCUGGACACAGAGGAUCUGAAGCGCUUCCUUGAGAUCGAACAAAAGAUGACUAACGUGACCAAGGAGCACUGCCUGGAAAUCAUCAAUCAGUUUGAACCAUGUCUGGAAAACAAGAAGCAGGAGGCCCUGGGAAUUGACGGCUUCACCAAUUACAUGCGGAGCCCUUCAGGGGAUAUCUUCAACCCAGAACACUACCAGGUGAAUCAGGACAUGUCUCAGCCGUUGAGCCACUACUUCAUCACCUCUUCACAUAACACCUACCUCAUGGGGGAUCAGCUGAUGUCUCAGUCCAGAGUGGACAUGUACUCCUGGGUGCUGCAGUCCGGUUGUCGCUGUGUGGAAGUUGACUGCUGGGAUGGGCCAGAUGGCGAACCAAUUGUCCACCACGGAUACACCCUGACCUCCAAGAUACUCUUCAAAGAUGUGAUUGAAACCAUCAACAAAUACGCCUUCAUCAAGAAUGAGUACCCUGUUAUUUUAUCUAUAGAGAACCACUGCAGCGUCAUCCAGCAGAAGAAGAUGGCUCAGUAUCUUAUUGAAAUCCUAGGAGACAAGCUAGAUCUGUCUUCAGUGCACAAUGAAGAUCCCACCAAACUGCCUUCCCCAGAGAGUCUUAAAGGGAAGAUAUUAGUUAAGGGAAAGAAACUUCCAGCCAAUAUUAGUGAGGAUGCAGAGGAAGGAGAAGUGUCUGAUGAGGACAGUGCUGAUGAGAUUGAUGAUGAUUGCAAACUUAUGAAUGGAGAUGCUUCCACCAAUCGGAAGCGAGUGGAAAAUAUAGCAAAGAAGAAACUUGACUCGCUGAUAAAGGAAUCCAAAAUCCGUGACUGUGAAGAUCCAAACAAUUUUACAGUCACCACUCUGCCCUCAUCUGGAAAGCUCAGCCACAAGUCAGACAUCAAGAAGAAAUACAGUUCCAUGGCACAUUCAGUAGGAGACAAACCUGUGAACAAACUGGAGGAUGAUGUAGAAUCUGGGGAAGACUCAAGCGGCAAACGACACAGCCGUUCACUGAUGGGCAGCUUUUCCAAGCGCAAGAAAAAAGGAGGCAAACUGAAAAGGGCAUCCAGUCUGGAAGAGGGAGAAGAUGACUUGGACUCUCAAGGAAACUUAGCAAGGGGCUCGGUACAUUACAGCAGGAUGAGCCGUCAGAAGAAAACAAUGAAGCUUUCCCGUGCUCUUUCUGAUUUGGUGAAGUACACAAAAUCUGUUGGGAUCCAUGAUGUUGAAACUGAACUCGCUUCCAGUUGGCAGGUCUCAUCUUUUAGCGAGACAAAGGCCCAUCAGAUACUCCAACAAAAGCCAGCACAAUAUCUACGCUUCAACCAACACCAGUUGUCUCGCAUCUACCCAUCUUCUUAUCGGGUAGACUCUAGCAACUACAAUCCCCAGCCCUUUUGGAAUGCUGGCUGCCAGCUGGUUGCACUAAACUACCAGUCAGAGGGGAGAAUGCUGCAGCUGAACCGGGCCAAGUUCAGUGCCAACGGGAAUUGCGGCUACGUCCUCAAACCAAAGUGCAUGUGUCAAGGUGUCUGUAAUCCAAAUUCUGAGGACCCACUACCUGGUCAGCUGAAGAAGCAGCUUGUGUUGAGGAUUAUCAGUGGGCAACAGCUCCCAAAGCCACGGGACUCCAUGCUGGGAGACAGAGGAGAGAUCAUAGAUCCAUUUGUAGAAGUGGAGAUCAUAGGGUUACCAGUGGACUGCUACAAAGAACAAACCAGAGUAGUUGAUGACAACGGUUUCAAUCCAAUGUGGGAGGAGACUCUGGUAUUCAUGGUGCACAUGCCAGAGAUUACGCUUGUUCGGUUCCUGGUGUGGGAUCACGAUCCAAUUGGGCGGGAUUUUAUUGGACAGAGGACGAUAGCUUUUAACAGCAUGAUGCCAGGCUAUCGGCACGUGUACCUGGAAGGUAUAGAAGAAGCAUCCAUCUUUGUUCAUGUAGCUAUUAAUGACAUCUGCGGUAAGGUCAAGCAAGCUCUGGGCUUAAAAGGCCUAUUUCUCAGAAAUCCAAAGCAGGCCUCUCUAGACAGUCAUGCUGCUGGUCAGCUCCAUCGCAAACACUCCUUUAGCAGUCACAUCUUACGUCGGACAGCCAGCGCACCCACCAAGAGCCAGAAGAAGAACAAGAAGGGCUUUCCUGAGAUUGCUAUCGAUACCAAAGACAACAGCUCUGAAGGGGCCAGUGAAGACCGUGAACUGGAAGACUCCUCACAGCCUCGCUUUGAGCAAGAGCCGGAAAACACUUCUCCAUUGCCGGCUCCCAGAGAUGGUGCCAAUGGGGAAGUACAUGGCAAGGGGUUGAAAGAUGUCCGCCAAUUCUCAAUGCAGAGGUCUGUCACCUCCUUAUGCAGCUUAGAAAUUAUUACCGAAGAGCCCAUCAUUGCCAAUGAAAACCAACAUACCGGUUCUUGUUUCCCUCUACCUGUUACGCCCCUCAGUGAUUCUGAAGAAGAGUCUGUGUCUGAUCAUUCUGCUGAAUCUAGAUCAGAAGAAGAUGGCCCAUCAGACCUGCCUGAGAGAGCUCUUCUUGCUAAAGAACCAAGAGUGGGCUUGGCUGCAGAAGAUCAAGUGCUCAUAAUCCCAGGAGCAGUUGUCACAAAUAUGUUGGUCCAGGUAGAUGAAAGGAUAUAUACAGAAGAACAUUUUAGAGAUGGUGAUAGUUGGAAAUGGACAUACAGUCGUGCUGAAGAUCAUCAGUCUAGUUUGGCAGCAAAUCCUCAACAAACCUGGGGGGUCUUGGCACCAAGUGAUGCUUCAGCCCAUUCUGCUGAGCGCUGCCAGGAACAAGAAGACCACAUAGAUCGAUCGCUGACAGGUGUGCACAGCAUUGCCAGAUCCAUGAGCCAGGAGGGUCGUGCCACAGCCGUCGCACCACAACCAUGCAACCUGAAUAAUAACACGCAGCUGACUUUCCCUCCAGAUGCUUUCCAGAAACCCCAGGCUGCCCAGGAUCUGGCUGCUCCUGUUUCUCAAACAGGCUGUCAUAUGUUAAUAAAGAGAUCAAAGAGUGAAGGGCACAAGAUUUCAGACCACUCAGCCUUAAUGAAAAAUCCCAGUAGCCUGUCCCCAGCGGCAGAAGUAUACUUUGAUGCCACCAUAAAUGACCAGAUCUGGAGCAAGUUAGAUUCCAGCAAUCAUCGGGACAGCAUGUCUUCCUCCUCCAGCAUGUCCUCCAAUGACACUGUGAUAGAUCUUUCUCUCCCUAACCUAGCUCGCAAAAGCCUUCCAGAUCUAGGUGCCCAGCAUGACAACUUUGAGCCCAUUGCUGUGAGAAAAGGUAUGCGUCCACGGUCUGCUACGACUUCCAGUAGUGAAAUGCCAAUGGUGACCAAGAGCAAAUCCAAUCCUAAUCUGCGGUCUGGUCAACUGCCGGUGGAUGAGAUAUGCCCUCGGCCUUUGGCCAGGGGUCCUCAAGACACAUUGUCAUCUAUUCCUAGGAGGCAUACUUGGAACAGGCUCUACAUGGAAAGUCUGAAGCAAGCCUCUCUCAAGUCCAAAGACCAGGACAGGGUUGGGACUAGCCAAGCAAAAUCCAAGAGCCUUGGAGAUCUCACCUCUGAUGAUAUUGCAUGCACUUUUGAAAGCAAGUACCGGAGUAUCAGCAGGAGCUUUGUCACUAGAUCAAUGCGGGCUCAGCGCCGCUCCUCAAGCUUGAGGCCUUCAGCCAAGCCCCAGGAUGAGCUGACUGAGCAGCUGAAGAAGUUGAUGGCCUUUCAACAGGAAAAUGACAUCACCUCCCCGAUCUGUCUUGAGCCCAUUGAGUCAGAGGAGGAAGAGGAAGGUCUGGGACUCCUCCGCAGGUCAUCCUCUCGCAGUCAGAGCAGAGUGCGGUACAUCGCCAACCGGGCCAAGCAAGCUCAGGAGAGGCAGCGGCUGCAAAGCCUGAGCCAGGUCAGCAACAGUCCCAUUGAGGAGAGGGGAAACCCAGAGGGAGCUUGCUGCAUUGCAAAAGGGGUUUGUACGGACACCACUUCUCCCAGUCUGUUUACAUCCCAACCCAAGAACCAAACUGAUUUUAACAGUGACACUGAGGUCUUCUUUAUGCUGAAACUCUAAUGUUGGGAAGUGCUGAACAAAGUUGAUGUUUACAUUCCUGCCCAAGCAGAACACAGUAAACCAAGAGGUAUGAAAUGCCCUAACACAGGAUGAUUCCUCACCCCUAUGGAGGUAAAGGAACUGAAGAGAUUGAAUGGAAUGGAAUGGAAUGGAAUGGAAUGGGCAGUGACUCAAGUGGAUAGCACACAAAUUAUUGGACAUAAAAAUUCAAGGAA